AAAGUAACAGUACAGCGGGCAGAAGAGGAAAGUAUGGUGUUACUUUGUAUCGCGCUCGUUAAAGCGUGCUUUAAUCUGGUUUGCCAACCGCCAUAAAUCAACCGAAGAAGAAGAAGAAAGCAGUCUUUACUCGCGUUAACCGUGUGUUUGAAAUGCGUUUUAACGCCUCGCGGGACUCGUGCUCGGAAAGCGUGUGGAUUGAAGCAUCAGAGCCGCGGGGAGCGCCCUGGGGUCCGGUAACGGGUGCCGCGGCGUCCGGUGCGAGUCUCGCGCUCAUCGCAGCCGCGCUGCUCUUCCUGUGCCACCGGAAACAGCUGUUUAACGUCCCCGCGCCGGUGUGUGAAGGUCUGCGGAGGCGUCUGGAGGAGAGCGACUGUGACAGCAGGAGAUCAGCAGAACCUGCUGGAGGAGCCGAGCAGCAUCAGUCAGCGGUGAACAGCGACGUGGCGGCGUUUGCUCUGAAGGCGAGGGUGGUGUAUCCCAUCAGCCAGAGAUUCAGACCGCUAGCGGACGGAGCCUCCAACCCCUCCCUCCAUGAGCUCCCCAAGCGCCAGGCCCCGCCCAGCCAAGACUCCGCCUCCUCACUGGCUGACGAUUGGCCGAGCCAAGAGAGGGAUGAUGAUGAUGAAGAUGAAGAUGAAAGUGGUCAUUUUCUCUCCUCUGCCCCUUCAUCUAAAACACACUCCAGUCACGUGUUCAGAAGAGUCCAGCACUACCCACAAACCCCGGGUCAUUCCCGGCUGAGUCUGCUGUGUGUGACUCUACAGGAUCUGCAGAGAAACACAUCUCAUCUUCAGCAGCAGAAGUUCAGGGUGUUCCUGCAGGUCCUGAGAGUGUUGAUGUGUGACAGAGAGCAGGCAGACGUCAUUCACCAGCAGCCGGUCAGAUCGGACGAGUCUGAUGUCCUGCAGGAGGUGGAGCUGCUGCUGAGGGGCGUGUCUGAGGAGGAGGAGGGGGCGGAGACAGAGGCGGUCAUGUGUUCGGUCGAGGAGGUGGAGAAGACGGGCCGGGAGCAGCUGGAGCGCUCGCUGCAGACGUCAUUGAGUUUCGCGAAGCAGCUGGAGCGUCUCAGACAGACUCUUGGCUGCAGGUUCUCCGGGGGCGUGUCAGAGGAAGUGAUGCGGGGUGUGAUGGACUGUCUGCGGGUGAUGGAGGAAGCUCUCUCCGAGGCUCAGGAGUUUGUUCUGAAGAUGCUGCUGCAGCGGUUCGAGUGCUGGCUGGAGGUGAGCCACAGCCUGCGAGAGAAGACUGCCCUGCUGAGACGGGAGGCGGAGCUUAUGCUGGACGUCACUGGCCAAUCAGUGCGUGAGUUGAGAGCCGAUGGACAGCUGGAAGAACAGAGUCUCUGUGACCUGGAGACUUCAGUGAAUGAAGCGCUGGAGCAGAGCACUGAUGAGAUCAGACGUCAGACUGAGGAGGUUGCGCUAGAUUGCUGUCAGAAGGUCUGUGUGAAGAGGAGGAGGAUGAUGAAGGCUCAGAGCUCUGAGUGGAGUCGUGUGUUAGACUCUCAGACAGACGCUCAUCUCAUGAUGAAGGUGUUUGCGGAGCUGCAGAUCAAACACUUGCAUCAGAGAAGAGAAUUUGAGCUGCAGCAGGACACAAGAAUUACUGACGCUCUGUGUGAACUCUGGAUGAGCUUGUGUAGUAAGUGCAGCAGACACGUUGCUGAUCUGUGCUCAGAGUUUGUCCUGAGAAGCGCCACUGCAGGCUCCGCCCCCACUGCAGGCCACGGCCAAUCAGUGCUGCAGAGCAUGAAGCUCACUGUGACCAAUCAGAUGCUGCGAGAGGAAAGACACGCCCACACACACCUGCGCACGCUCAGAGAGCAGCUGCAGCAACGCAGACAGGUGUGGACAGAGGACGAGGCUUUGACUCAAGCAUGUCUGGAUCACUUUGGAGAGCAGCAGCUUGAGGUUGUCACGGCAACAGUUUCCAGAUGUUCAGAUAUGCAGAUGAGUUGUGCUCUAAUUGAAGAGCAGCAGCGUCUCUUGGUUCUGGAGUUUCAGAGAAUUUUAGAAGCUCGAUGCUUUUACCUACGAUCUGUGAGAGAGAUGAAGAUGAAUCAGCUGACCAUACAGACGGAUACACAGGACUCCUGGGUCGCCAUGGAAACGGCCUCAUCUGGUGUGACUGUGAUUGGUCAGAAUCUUCUGCACGAACAGCUGUCGGAGCUGGAAACCACUGCUGAUGUGCUGCAGAGACACGCCCACUUCCUGGUUGGCCACGCCCUCUUGCGUAUGGCGCACGUGCAGAUGGGCGGGGCUUCUUCUAGAGACAGACAGAUGAAGGAGCGGCUGAUUGAUGGAGUGUGUGAGAGCGUCUACGUGACGCAUGACUCCGUGACGUCUCUCGUCCGUGAAUAUCAGUCCCGGGUCCGGAGCCUCAGCACCGCUGAGCAGACAGAUGCACAGGCAGAGAGAACCGUCUGCACUAGAGCUCCACAUAAAGAACUCAUCAACUGGACCAGAAUAUCCACAUCUGAUGAACUACAUCACAGGGAUGUUGAGCAGAAGAGGACGUGUGCAGCGGAGUUUAAAACGGAUCACAGUUCAGCACAAAUAAACCCCUACAUUCAGAUCAGAAAUGAAGAGGAGGCUUUCAUGCGUCGCCUGGCGUCUCUAGCUCGAGUGUCUCUCAGCAGCGUGAACAAGGAUGAUUCUUCAGAAACCAGCUGAAGAUCAGACCAGCAGAAAUGAAGAAAUCUCCUCACGUUUCUGCUUCUGAGGAUCUUCCCCAAAAUUUGUCAUUAAAGAGAAUCAGCGCCAUGGUUUAAGUUGCACAGAUUGUAAAUUAAAAUGUUUAUUACAGCCUUUUAUGACAAUCUUUAUACCUGGUUUAAGGCGAUUCAUUGUGACUGUACUUUUGUAUUUUGUCUUCGUAAUAAAGGAAAACAUCAGCAGUCCAAA